UCGGUUUUGUUGCUGCAUAAAGAUGCUGCCCAGCAUCAGUUGCACACGGACUGCGACGAGUGGUGGUGUAAGCGCAGUAGCUAUCAUGUAGCAUCGCUAGUCCGAACGAAAUCUCUAGUAAUUUUCUGCCUCAAGAAUGUUAGUUUAGUUAUUCUCUCGCAUACUUCCUGGGAGAAAAUGUCAUCCAGAGAAAGCACCUCACCGAAAAGUUGCAAUUCUCUCAAGCCGAAGUUUCCAUAUGAUCUCCCAGCUCCUUGCGUAGAUGACGUGUUAUCAUUAAGAAAAAGAUACAGUGGUUAUCUCAGUGGUGCCGUUGCUAUUGGACCUCAGAAAUACUACAUGCAAGGAAUCUAUAAUGACUACGCAGAAGCGCUUUACGAAUUCCAGUUCCGCCCUUCUGAUGUCGUGGUAGCGAGUUACCCAAAAACAGGGACGACGUGGACAGAAGAACUCGUAUGGCUUCUUCUUAACAACUUCGACUAUAGUCAAGCAAAAACGCCUUUGGAUAUGAGAUUUCCUUUUUUGGAAGCUGACUGCAUCAUCGACCGCCGGGUGUUCGAAUUUCCUGAGGUGGCGGAAAGGAUGAACGGAGAGCCUCCACCAGGACCUUUUGACUCUCUUCACCGCGCACGAGAUUUGCCGGACCGAAGAGCCCUCAAAACGCACUUGCCUUUCUCUCUGCUUUCUCCUGAACUGCUUCGCACCAGCAAGGUCGUGUACGUGACGCGUGACCCUCGGGACGUGGCUGUGUCGUUCUAUCACCAUCACAAAAUCAUUCUGUCGCACGGAUUCUCUGGCACAAUCGAUGAGUUCAUUGACGACUUCAUCGAGGAUAAAGUUUUGUACUCGCCCUUCUGGAGCCACGUGCGGGAGGCGUGGGAGAAGCGUGAUGAGCCCAACCUACUUAUCAUUACUUAUGAAGAACUAAAAAGUGAUUUACCGGCGGUGAUCUUACGUAUUGCUAGUUUCCUCGACGUGAGCGUGAGCGACGCGCAGCUCGAGACACUGACUAAGCAUCUGCAUAUUGAUUCCAUGAGAUGCAAUCCAGCUAUCAAUCCUGAUCACGAUCCAAUUGUGAAGAUUGAUCCUCACGAAGGAGGCUUCGUUAGGAAAGGAGCCGUUGGCGGCUGGAGGAGCAGCUUGUCUGAAACUUCGCAAGCCAAACUUGAGGCGUGGAUGCGACGCAACGCUCAGGGGCUCGACCAACACUUUGGCUGGACAUGAUGCCGUAGAAGGUACUGCCUCACUUCGAAGAAGUUGUGAUGGGUUCGAUAAUUCUUGCAAACCUUGGCCAAGAACGACAGUGUGAGAAGGUCCAUAUUUUAUCCUCGGUAUCAAUAAAAAUCGUUUGAUAUAUUUUUGACUGAUUCUCAGCAUAGUACGUUUUCAAAUUUUCUCUUGGAAUCUUCAGAUAGGCAAGCUACAAUAAGCCUAUGAAAACCGUUUGGUCACAUUAAUGGUCACAAUCGGCGAUUGUGACCAGAUCACAAAAGGAAAAGA